AGCAGUAUGCCUUCUGGGCCCUGUGGGUUCAGGAAAGACGUCUUUAGUAGAGCAUUUAGCCGCGAUAACUGGCCGCAAGCAAUUUGCGUUCAAAAAAGUGCAGUUAGGAGAUCAAACGGACUCUAGAAUGUUGUUGGGUUCCCAUCAGUGUACCGACGUCCCGGGAGAAUUCAUUUGGAGGCCCGGAGUGUUGACUGAGGCGGUUCAAAAUGGCCAUUGGUUGUUACUUGAGGAUAUCGACUCUGCAGCGCUGGACGUUGCAUCUACCUUGAGUUCACUUCUCGAACGCAACUCCCUUUGCGUGCCCGGAUACAGGGAUACGUUGCCCGUCACUCCCGGAUUCCAAUUAUUUGUUACCCAAAG